AUGGGGAGACAAUCGACGGCUCGAAAGUGUUCCAUUUGCCGACGCCAAGGCCACUAUUCGACUACCUGUCCACUCAAACCUGCAAAAGAUAAUCGUUGUAUGCUCUUUGGUUCGAAUUUACUUCAAAGAAAACAAGGGAAGCCUUGGACGGAGGAGGAGCACAGGGCAUUUUUGAAAGGUUUGGAAGUGUACGGACAGAGUAAAUGGAAACACAUUUCAGAGAAUUUAGUGAAAACUAGAACUCCAAGUCAGAUUGCGAGUCAUGCACAGAAAUAUAAUCUGUGGUUGAAAGCAAUUGCAAAUGAUCCUGAGAAGCAAUCCAAAUAUAGCAUCUUUCAAAUUCAAUCUCAGACUCCAAUUUCUCAAGUUUCCUCCUUCACAGCAAGCGGCGGUGCAAGUGAAACUACACCACCGGUAUCAGCUCCUAACAAUUGGCAGAAUUUUUCAGAAACUAAUUAUAUGGUGCCAAUGUCAAAUCCGACAUUUGCUCAUAAGAUGUAUUUUGAAAGGCAGUAUCAGUACUUACCCUUCAGCUUGCGUCAGCAUAUAUAUUUCUAA